AUUUCCGGCACAACGGCAAAAAGAGAAACUUCAAAACAGUGGAGUUUUGUUACAGGUCAACACAGAUGGAGUCCCCUCCUGCAAGGAAUCAUGUUUCAAACAGAGCCACUUGUCGUACCCCGGGACAGGAACCCGACUCUCCCCUGCCUCCUAUCAAUGAGCGCCUGGCCUACCUGCGGCCCUCCAGGGAGCUGCUGGAGUUCUACAGGCAGAAGAUUGCCCAGUUUGAUGGGGAACACGAGGAUCUGCUACAGAUGCUGGAGAAGUACAGAGCUACCACAGACGACCAGCACAAGCUGCAGUGGGAGGUGCGUCAGCGCGAGGGAGAGAUUGCUGAACUGCAGAAGGCGCUGAGCGACAUGCAGGUGUACCUCUUCCAAGAGAGAGAACAGGCCCUGCGCCUCUACGCAGAGAACGACAGGCUCAAAAUCAGAGAGUUGGAGGACAGGAAGAAGAUCCAGCACCUGCUUGCUCUGGUGGGACCCGACCCUGGGGAGAUCACCUACUUCCACCGCGACCCCCCACACAAGGUCAUUGUUGCACAAAAAAAGCUUGAGACAAAGGUCCAGGAUCCUCAUAGGACAGCAAAAUCAAGAGUUGGAUCCAUUAAAGAGGGCAAGCGGAGAGCCAGAUCAGAGGAGGGGAUGAAUGGAGAUUCCGAGCAGUACAGAAAGGACAACCAGACCUUAUUACUACAGGUGGAGGCACUGCAGGCUCAGAUGGAGGAGCAGACCCGUCUGUCCAAGGAGCAGGUGGAGUCUCUGCUGGAGGACCGCAGGAUCCACGUAGAAGAAGGACAGGUUCAGCACCAGAGAGACCAGGACCGCAUCACUGCUCUCACUGACAAACUCCAGCGUACUCAGAACCUGCUGUACGAGAGCACCAGGGACUUCCUGAAGCUGAAGUUUGACUCACGGGCCAAUGAGAAGAGCUGGAUGGUGGAGAAGGACUGUCUGCUGCGGGAGCUGGACCAGAAUCAGGACAGACUGAGGGAGGCCAGGGUUGGCCGAGACCACCCGGGUUUCAGCACCACAACCUUGCUCCUGGCCCAGCCCCUACCAGACACAGAGCAGGUCUUCAGAGAGGAGCUCAAGUCGAUGCAGGAGGAGCUGAAGCAAGCCCACCGGCUAGCUGAGAUGUACCGGGAGCAGUGCGUCACCCUGGAGACUGACCUGGCCCAGAUUAGAGAAGAAGGGGAUGUGGGCAGAGAGAUCUUUAAGGGUCGCUCAGACAAGAUGGCAAAGCGUCUGCAGAUGAUGACGCAGCGCUACGAGGCGCUGGAGAAGAGGCGGGUCAUGGAGGUCGAGGGCUUCAAGACUGACAUCAAACACCUGCGGCAGAAACUCAAAGAUGUGGAGAAGCAGCUCUUCAAGGUAACAUUGAACGUGGGCCCUAACCAGGACCUGGCAAUUCUGCAUGAGGUGCGCCAGACCAACGCCCGCACCAAGAAGGUUCAGGGGGAGCUGAAGACCCUAAAAGCCAAGAUCUAUGGCCUGGAGAACGACCUGCGAUACAGCUGAGGUCCAGCCUGGGUUGGACCACUGAAGUGGGAUAUCAUAACAUGAUAGGUGUUAAGAAAGGAACUGUCUUCCAAUGCUCAAGUUUGAAGUUUUAUUUAUUAUUUUUCCAGGUGUUAUAGAAUUGAUAGAAGCUUAACAUUUAAGAUUGGUCAGUGCCUUUUAUUGUUGAUGUUUCAAAUGAUCUGAAAUACAGCAUGGACAAUGUUGGUCUGUUUAAAAUGUUGCUCCCAUGAUUUUUCACUACUGAUUUGUUUAUUGUCUUUAUAUGAAAUGUAAUGUGAUAAGUCUGUAAAGUUUUUAAGUAAA